AUGAGUACCACUACAGUAUGCCUCAAUCCGCUCCCCAAGUCUAGUGUGUGUCAAGUGGACCUUGGCACAGAGCUAAGUGGACUUGAUAUUGAAAAACUGAGUGAUGACGACUUUGCCAUCCUUCGCAAGGCCCUAUAUGAGAACCAAGUUGUUGUGAUUAAGAACCAAAAGAGCCUUUCCCCCCGCGCCCAAUAUGAACUCACUCGACGCUUUGAUCCUUCUGCUGCUGUCUACAGUCAUGGCAAAUCCAUCGACAAGCGUAGUGUCCUCCACGCCGACUUGACUACAAUCCCUCAUCAGCCGCAAGUUCAAGUCAUUGGAAGUGGCUCUGUCGACGAAUACGAAGGACUGGGCAAGCUCAAAUUGAAGCAUCCUCAUCACAAAGCCUUCCACAAAACCCCAAUCUCGCCCGACGAUGAUGCUGAAUUCACCCAUUUCUAUCGCUGGCACAUUGAUUCCGCGAUGUACAAUCUCGAUCCGCCCCUCGUCACCUCGUUGCUAGCCGUGCAAGUGCCCCAAGGGCGCCGUCAGACCCUUCGUUACGAUGACGAAACCAACGCCGAGCUCAACGUUCCCCUAGGAACAACCGCCUUUUUCAGUGGUUACCACCUCUACGAGAUGCUCACCGAAGAAGAAAAACACUUCGUUCUCACCAGCAAAGUCGAGUACCCACCACACCCAUAUAUCUGGAUGAGCAAGGCCAAAUCCCGCUCCAACGGAUUGGGAAUCGUAUUCGAAGGCCUCGAGCUCGCCAUGGACGAGUUACCUCCCUUUGAUGAAUCGAAGAUCAAAAUAUACCCGAUGGCGUGGAAAAAUCCCGUCACGGGGAAACUGGCGAUGAUGGUCUAUCCGACUUGCGUACGGAAACUCCAUCUCGAAAAUGGGGAGGUACUUGAUGACCUUGUUGAGAUUCGGCAGCGCUUGUACUCGCUGCAGAGAAGGGCAAUUGAUCCCCAAUAUGUCUAUCCUCACGACUGGGACGAGGGUGAUUUGGUGCUGUUCAAUAAUCAUGGGGUGAUGCAUUCUAUUGUUGGGUCGUUCACGGAGGAUGAGGUGCGUGUCUUCAGGCAGUGUAAUAUGGCUGCUAGUCGGCCUCCUGUGGGUCCCGAGGACUCUCUACCUGCUCCGUGA